AUAACCCAGAUUCCUCCAGCUCCUCUUGGUUUAAUAUCAGCAAGUAUGGCUGCAAUGAUCCUGCUUGUGGCUUUUUUGGGAUUUUUUGUUAAUACUCUGCGUGCAGAUGAGGCUUAUCAGUACAAUGACAAAGGAUGCAAUGGGGAGACUGUGUAUCACACUGUCAAUAUCAAUAAGGAGGUCAAUAUUGUAGUGUUCAAUAUUUACUCAGGAAAGCAGACGUCUAAUGCAGUCUUUGAUUAUAGGCAGAAUAUAAUUGCCUACCACAUGCCAUACAGAGGGAUCUGCAUUAUUGCACACAUGGAUAUUGCAAACUUUCCGGGUCUUGGCAUCUUUGAGAGGUUCAUCCAAACCCACAGGGAGAGAAAGGAGGAUAUAUCCAGACUGCUCAAACACUAUGAAGUCACCAACCAGCAGGUUACAAACCUCUCCCAGUUUGGAAGUGCAGUUCAAGGGCUAUGCUGGGGAAUUCCCACAUAUUGGGCUCGUGAAGACCCCAAGCCAAGAAGGGUGUUUGGAGCUGAAGGCUGUGCUGGAAUUAAAUUCCUCUUCAUACAUGUUGGCCUGUGUGCAGGAUUCCAUCUCUUCUAAUACAUUAUACAGGACCUGCAUUCAUAGAAUCACAAUUGGAGCUACAUUUGUCUUGUUUAAUUUACACCACAAAUUAAUAAAAUAGUCAAUACAUUGUAAGCUUUUGUCCUAUUCAUUUAGCUGCUAAACCGUAUACAGUAGAACUAUUAAAGUAAUAAUUCUUGCUUUUAUGAAUAAAGGCAACAUCAGAAGAACCCAAGCAUUGUGGGAAAGAAUAAGCAAAGCUAUGAAUGGUUUCUUUUCUUUGAGACAUUGCUUUGUUGGCCUAUUGAAUUACAAAACAAUAAACAUUCUGCUUUACUUCUCA